AUGCCGCCGCUUCCAGGGACCGACGACAGCAGCCUGGAAGCUGUGAGAUUCUCUGUCCUUACCAAUGCGCUCCUUCUGGUGGUCUUUUUAGGUACCUUCGAGAUUUUCCUGAGAAGGGAGGGCACACGCCAGUUGCUGGCUCCAAAGCUGCCAUCUCCGGAGCGAAUUGGAUUUCUUUGCUCUCGCUUUCCCAGCUUCUUGUCUGGUGGCUUUGUCGCCUGGGCACGGAAGGUCUGGGAGCAGCGCCACCAACCGGUGGAUCUCGAGCCAGAUGCCACCAUCCUCAUACGCUUUUGCCAGCUUGGCCUGAAGUUCAGCUUGCUUGGCACAGCCUUCUCCUGUGUGCUCCUUCCGAUGUAUGCCACCGGUCCUGGGCAAGCCAGCGGCUUCAACUCCAUGAGCCUCUCGAAUCUGAAGUUGGGCGGGUCCACGCGCUUUUGGUGCGUGAUUCUGGCAGCGUACAUGCUGACCUCAACUUUUGGGUUCCUGAUUCUUCGAGAAUGGCAUGCUUUCGUGAGUAUAAAGAGACAGCACUUUGUCAAGGCCGUGUCUGGAGCCUGUGGUCCGGCAAUGGCCCAGAGCCGUAGGACCCUGAUGGUGGAGGAUGUGCCUUCGACGUCGUGGUCAGAGCAGGGUGUUACUGCCUUCUUUGAGAAGCUUUAUGGACCCGCUUCUGUGUACAGCUGUGUUUGUAUCGGCCAUGUUCAGCAAACCGAUCUGCACCCCUCAGCCCGGGCCGCUGCACAUCUGAUCCAAGUCAGCACUGGACCAGCAACAGCUUUUGUGACGCUACGGUCUGCAGAGCGAUGUACCGAAGCUCAGCAAGUCGUACUAAGCCACACUUCCGGUUGGCGGGUGUGUGAAGCUCCAGAGCCACGAGACUUGAUUUGGACCAAUGUUGUGAAGCCUCGUGGCAUGACCGAGCUGCAUCAGAAAAUUGGCUUAGCAGCCACAGUGGUCUGCGUUCUCUUCUGGUCAGUGCCCGUGACGUUGAUUCAAGCCUGGGCAAACGUUGAGUCGCUCUCCAAGUGGUUUCCCGCUGUACAUGAUUUGAAGCGGUGGUCGCCUACGAUCUAUGCGCUCAUCACCAGCUACUUGCCAGUACUAGCACUUAUGGGGCUGCAAGCGUUGCUGCCGUACUUCUUUGCUGCGAUGGCGCGAGGCUAUGAAUGCCACAAGACGAAGUCCGGUGUUGAGAGGGUGGUGCUCAAUCGCUGUUUCAACUAUCAGCUGGCCUCACUCUACGUCACGGUGCUGUCUGGGUCGCUUUGGGAUUCUCUCACAAAGAUUUUGGAUCAGCCUUCGCAGGUGCUGGACAUCUUGGCCCGCUCGCUUCCAAAAGCCAACGUUUACUUCCUCACCUUCGUUCUGGCCAGAGCAUGCGUGGGUGUUCCACUACUUCUGCUGCGGCCCUAUACCUGCCUAGCUACGUGCAGUCUCACUGGAGCCGCUGGAGAGCCGAAGAUCCGAUGUGCUUAUGGUUAUGAGGCAUCAAGUAUCGCAAUUGUCCUGGUCAUUGGAAUCACUUAUUCAUUCAUUGCUCCCGCUAUUCUGCCGGCUUGCGCAGUGUACUUCGCUGCUGCAACGCUUUCGUACCGCUGGCUUUUUGUCCACGUCUACGACACAGAGUUUGACGGCAGCGGCGUAUUCUGGUAUGAUCUCUUCAACUGUGUGCUGUUAGGUUUGUUUUUGAGCACCUUGUCCUUGAUUGGUCUGGCAAUACUUUAUGGAUCUUACACUCAGCUAGUGUUCCUCUUUCCCCUUCCGCUGCUCGUGGGUUACCUUGCGUUGCGCUGUUGGGGUCGCAUGGGCUGGAAGUCUCGAUGGACAUCGCUGGAGGAUGCUGUUCGGGCGGACCAAGAUGAGGGAAGUGCUCUAGCCGGCUUCCAAGAGAACCUUUAUGCUGAGCCCUCGGCUGAGCCAUGCUGA